GGUGGAUUCAAACCUCAGCGGUGAUAGAUAGAUCGGGGGACAAUCAGAGCGACUUCUUGUAGUUUUCUUUCUUUUCUUUUCUUUUUAAACAAAAAAAAGUCCCACUUUGACCGCUCAGUGCUGGAAGCUGUGAGCGGACAGCGGCUCCACAGACAUGCAGCAGCCACCGGUGGAGGUAGUGCACGCUGUCCGUGACUCAUCCGUGUGCGCAAUGACAGCAAACAGACGGGGCUCGCUUUAAAUAUCUGCUAAUCAAGCCCACUUCAACAAAAGCAAGGUCACCUUGUUGUGUGGGGAUCUGUAGAGGAGGAGAAGCUCAGCUCGGCUCCUCUUCGUCCUUCCUCUUCUUUUUCUUUCUUUUUUUUUGUCCUUCUUGGAGUGGACCAAAAGAGCGCAGCGGGACUUAAUUUGGUGCCAAAUCCACUUUCUCUCUUUUUCCCUCCUUGCCUUUGGACUGCACCUGCUCACCUGGACGCGCAUCAUCACGGGGGGGCAUUGAAGGGAGGAGAGGAAGAAGAAAAAAAAAAGAAAGUGCCGAGGCUUUUUGAGGUGAAGACUUUGGCACAGGGUCUCGGGAGUGAUGGCGGCGUCUGCACCCUCCUCCUCCGGCGGCGAACCGGAUCCCAACUCGACAAAUUUACGACCACCGGGCUCAAGCUACGAUGCCUGGUGCGGAGUCGCUCAUGGAUGUACAAGAAAACUGGGGAUGAAGAUAUGCGGAUUUUUGCAGAAGAACAACAGUCUGGAGGAGAGGAGCAGGAUCGUGAGUUCCUUCAAGGAGCGAGCGGCCAAGAACCUGCAGCUCUCCUGCGAUAACGUCGGCGGAGAGGCGCGCUUCAGACGCACAGAGACCGACUUCUCCAACCUGUUCGCCAGAGAUCUGUUGCCUGCCAAAAAUGGCGAGGAGCAGACCAUGCAGUUCUUGCUCGAGGUCGUGGAAAUCCUCACCAACUACGUCCGGAAGACCUUCGACAGAUCCACCAAGGUGCUGGACUUCCACCACCCCCACCAGCUCCUCGAGGGCAUGGAGGGCUUCAACCUGGAGCUCUCCGACCAGCCCGAGUCACUGGAGCAGAUCCUGGUGGACUGCAGGGACACCCUGAAGUAUGGAGUGAGAACAGGUCACCCCAGGUUCUUCAACCAGCUGUCCACUGGGUUAGACAUUGUUGGGCUGGUGGGAGAGUGGCUCACCUCCACAGCCAACACCAACAUGUUUACCUAUGAGAUCGCUCCCGUCUUUGUGCUCAUGGAGCAGCUGACGCUGAAGAAGAUGAGGGAGAUCGUUGGCUGGCCUGAAGGAGAGGGCGAUGGAAUAUUUUCUCCAGGAGGAGCAAUCUCCAACAUGUAUAGUGUGAUGAUUGCCAGAUACAAGUACUUCCCUGAAGUCAAGACCAAAGGCAUGGCAGCUGCACCCCGACUGGUCCUCUUCACCUCGGAGCAUAGCCACUACUCCAUCAAGAAAGCCAGUGCAGCUCUGGGUUUUGGUACAGAGAACCUCAUUCUUUUGAAGACAGAUGAAAGAGGGAGAGUCAUCCCAGCUGAUUUGGAAGCCAAAGUAAUAGAGGCCAAACAAAAGGGAUGUGUUCCGAUGUUUGUGAACGCCACCGCUGGCACCACCGUCUACGGAGCCUUUGAUCCCAUCAAUGAAAUUGCAGACAUCUGUGAAAAGUACAACAUGUGGCUUCACGUGGAUGGUGCUUGGGGUGGAGGUUUGCUGAUGUCCAGGAAACACAGGCACAAGCUGAACGGUGUGGAGAGGGCCAACUCAGUCACCUGGAACCCUCAUAAAAUGAUGGGAGUGCCGCUGCAGUGCUCUGCCAUUCUGGUCAGAGAGAGGGGAUUAUUACAAGGCUGCAACUCCAUGUGUGCUGGUUACCUCUUCCAGCAAGAUAAACAGUACGAUGUCGCGUAUGACACAGGCGACAAAGCCAUUCAGUGUGGACGCCACGUCGAUAUCUUCAAGUUCUGGCUCAUGUGGAAAGCAAAGGGAACAGUAGGAUUUGAGCAGCAUAUUGACAAGUGCCUGGAUCUGUCAGCAUACCUCUACAAUAAAAUAAAGAACAGAGAGGGGUACGAGAUGGUGUUCAACGGAGAGCCGCAGCACACUAAUGUGUGUUUCUGGUAUUUGCCACCGAGCCUGCGCGGCUUGCCUGACGGUGAGGAGAGGCGGGAGAGGUUGCACAAGGUGGCCCCAAAGAUCAAGGCGAUGAUGAUGGAGUCUGGGACUACGAUGGUGGGCUACCAGCCGCAAGGAGAGAAGGUCAACUUUUUCCGCAUGGUCAUCUCCAACCCCGCCGCCACCAGGUCAGACAUCGACUUCCUGAUUGACGAGAUCGAGCGAUUUGGGAAUGACUUGUAAAAGUCACGGUUAAAGGAGACAUAUUCUGCUAAUUUUUAUGUUCACAAUUCUAUUUUGGGUUACAGCUAGAAUGUGUUUACAGUCUCUAUUUCUCAAAUUGUCCAGUGCUGCAGCAUAGUAUUCCCCCUCUGUCUGAAACACUCUGUUUUAGCUCCUGUCUCUUUAACACCCCCCACGUGAAUACCCAGUCUGCUCUGAUUGGUCCCCACACACAGGCCUGACCGAGCACUGCUAACAAGCACAGAGCAGCUGUGCUAAUUCUAUUCUUACUCGCCAAAUUAGCCACUGGGCAUAAAUUAUGCAAACAAGUGACUCUGUGGCAUAGUGUGAUGUCACAAAGUCACGUAACUAAAGGCGGGACUACUGAUGAGGCGUUUCAGGAGCAGUGUUUUCUGUGGGAGAGAGGAGCUUC